AUGAACUCUACCCAAAACAAUGAAAUCAACCAAUUAACUCAAAUCAACGAAAUCACACAUCAAUAUGACCACAAAACAACACACAAUCAAGCACAGAACAACAAUCCUAGCAUCCACGAGCCUAUAGUCACGCACUCACCUCGGAUUUGGAUUGAGAAAAAGGGAAAAACACUGGAAAAGAUGAACAUUGACGAAGAACACCGCCGAAACCACCACGCAGCAGCCACCAACACCGACUCAGGUUCCGAAUUGACGACGAACAACCUCAGAUCAAACCUCCAAACACCAAAUCGCCUUGAAAUCUCUUCUCCUCUAGUUUCUCCUUCACUAAACGACAAAAACCGAGAAGAACUAGGCGGCUGCACAGUUUUAAGACGAAAAGCAGGGUUUCCAAGCCCCUAA